CAUAGGUAAAACCUUUACAGUUCUUCUUGCAGUUGAUGUUUUAUAUCGAUAAAAUUUAGCAAAUUCAGUACCUAUGCUCCCUCACAUAGUUUAAUAAGUUUGUCUUUUUUCUUGUUAAAAUAAUUUAUUUUUUGUAACUUUAGAAUUUUGAUCAGUGUUGUGUUUUGCAGUUGAUUAUAAUUCGUAUUCAAUGCCAUAUUUGUUUACGUUGUCCCGGUAGCACGACUUUACGCGCCUUUAAUUUGAAGAGUUCCACUAAUGGAAUCAAAAGUAUUAACUUCCCAUACUACUAAAUGUGUGUAUGAGAUAUAUUUCCUUACGUGUAAUAUAUGUUGAUAUUAAAUUACAUGUCUAGUGAUAAUUUCGUUACAGAUUGAAAAUUCCAAACCGAAAGUAAGAUCAAUAUUCAUAUACCCCUCAAGACAUCACGUGCACUUAUUGCUGAAAACUAGUAUAAAGACUUCGAAUUGUGAUAUUGAGGUUUAGGUUAAGACGAUGCCUGUGUUGUCUAUCUACAGUCAUUUUCUAAUUGGACUGGCCAUCGUUUUGAGACAACCAGCCUUCUUUUUAAUCGAGAUAUGCUUAGAGGAAACUUUUUAUCAGUCUUUUAUUGUGUCUACAGUGCUAGUUGCAUCAAUGGCAGCCAUACUUCUUCCACAGGAUCAUCUGUUCUCCGUGUACAAGUACUUAUGUGGUGCUGCAUUAAUGUUCAUGAUGCACUCCUCCACCCGCUAUUUGAUCGACAAAAGCAGAAAUCAUCCAGACAACAACGACACCAAAAUAGUUGGCUGUUUCAUUCUUUUUAGUCUUGCAGAGCUGUUAGCUUUUCAUCUAUUUAAAGAAAAGACAUGGAAACCGUAUGUUUUAAGUGCGUACCACUUACCACUAAUCAUGUUGUUUCUGAAACUCCCUAUCAAAAUCACAGGAUGUUCGUUUCACCUGGCAGAUGGCCUUGUGUUUUAUUACUUAAUAUACCAAGCCAUACAGAUGUUCAUCACUAGUGUUAUCAAAAUAAAGAAACAGGUUACUACAUGGAUCUAUUUAGUCAGCAUUUUUGGCGUCUUCCCUGUCAUCAAAUCAAUUGGCGAUUCUAUUCACCUUACACAACAGCUUUUGUUGUUUUAUUUUGUCUCGUUUGCUUACAAACUCUAUUACUAUACCGCACAGACUUCCGGUGUAAACGUGGUACCCUUCUCGAAGCUGGAUUCUACAACAUUUCUGUUUGUCAUUGCUGGGCAAUGUUGCAAGACUUACGUAGGACUCGUUUCGAUGUGUGUCGCCACUUCGUAUUUGUCCCAUUAUCUUUCUCGGCUAGUUAGCCUUUACCUUUAUGGAUGGAAAAGCACAGGCAUUGUCAGUGAUAUUUCAGAUGUUAGGCUUGGUGUUUUGGUCUUUGUGCUUUCUGUAUCUGCAGGGAUCCUUGGGCCAUCCAAUUCUUUGAAUGAGUUUUUGCUAAAAGACGCCGUGUUUAAAAUUCUAUUGAUGUACUUGGCAUCACUUUUUAUCGGUUGCACGUGUGAAAUGGUCGAUCCAGCAAUUCUAACAUUUAGUGCAAUGCCAACAUCAAAACCAUUCAAACACUUCCGAGGGCUCACGUUGUAUAUGUUUUUCCUAGUAUUUACAAUCUAUAUGAUAGAUAAACUUCAACAAUACGACGAUAUAUCUUUAUCUAUUCCAUUGAUUAUCAUUGGUUUUUCCACUUGUCUCCAGGUAAUGGCUUCCAUUGUGAUUUAUUUAUUGUUUGUGUAUGAUGGCGUUUGCUCGCACUCUAUGGAGAACUUAGAUGACAUAAUCUUUUAUAUACGAUCCAUAGUGCGGUUUCUGGAUUUUGUAGGAUCUGUCAUUUUGGCUUGCAGAGGAAUAUGGUUUAUUAAAAAUGGUGCAUUUAGCUGGAUCCAAAUUCCAUUUUUUAUCGUACAUUGCUAUGGAAACGUGUGGGAAAGAUUGAAAAGUGGCUCGAGAAUUGUUGUGUUAAGAAGAGACGCAGUUAAGAAGUUGAAUGCUUUAUAAACUGCAACAAAUGAACAAAUUCGGAACUGCGACGAUGUGUGCUCUAUAUGUAUUCGGCAAAUGUCAUCUGCUAAAAUCACCCCCUGUGGACAUCUUUUUCAUGAGACGUGUCUAAAGAAAUGGAUAUACGUGAGAGAUUCAUGCCCUCUCUAUCUCCGCAAACUAUACAGCUUAAGCCUCGAUACAACACAGCAAGAGUGGCGGAAGUUCCAUCCUUGUCAAACAAACAAACAAAACCUUUUGUUUUUUAUUACGUUUACCUGAUUUGAGGAGAUCAUAUUACUUUAUCAGCUCUUCAAGAAAAUGCCUUGGUGAGAAAAACUGGAAGCUAAUCAUCGUAAAGAGGCUACGAGAUGAGAUGCAGAUUUGAAAUAUGCCAUGGUAAACUACAACAUAAAAAGAUUCGGACUGGACCGAGUAAGAAAAUAAUCAACUCCAUCUUUUGACCACGAAAGCACAUUUUAAGCGUAUUUUAUUAGUCAAUCAAAGAAUAAUAUUGCAAAACAUGAAUGAGGUCAAAUCAUUCAUUCCACUAUAACAAAACGCAUAUUAUAUAGGAUACGAGAUGAAACGUUAUAAUUUAUUUCAUAAAUUCACGUGUAUAUAAAUUCCUCUUUACAAUCCUUGUCAGCGUUGUAAUCACAGAAAAAUUCAUUUAUGAUUAGUUUAAUGCACAUAGAGGUAGUUAUAAUUGUGAUGUACCUGUCACUCUCCCGUUAGGUAGACUCGCCUUUGUUUUUAUGUAAUAGCUAGACAAUUUCUAUCAGCAAUUCCACUGGAAAAAUAUCAGCGUCAUUAUACAGUUUAUUAUUAUACAGAUAUCAGUGUGAAAAUAAUUCAGGAAGUAUUGCCAUCAAAUACCUAGUCAUAGCAUUCAAUAUUUUAAAAGAAUAUAUUGAUGAAUUGCAUUAUCGAAUUGUAUUUGUAACAUUAUGGAGUGCAUACUAACUGUAAAAUGAAUAAUGAAGUAAAACACCAAAAAU